AGAUAAAAUUGUCCUUUGUCCUUUUUUCCAUCCAUCACAUCUCACUGUGAGCUUAAAACAGUCCCUUGCAGAACCUCCGUUGCAGUGAGCUUUUCCAAAUAGGGAAUUCCAAUUUCACGUCGGCUGGGAAGUCUUACGUUUUUAACAAGGUAGAAAAGCAUCCUCUCGUAUCCUCCUGUUCCUCUCCUCUCCAUCUCCCUCCCAGGAGGCGGGUUCCAAACUUUGGACUGCCAAACUCCAGAGUUUGGGAUUACUUUUGGAGAAGCAAAAAAGGACAAGGGCAUCGUGUUGCAACAGCAUACAAAGAGAUCCUGGCUCCUGUAAAGAUGGCUGACGUGGUGCAGCCAGACCCCAACAGCCUGCAGAUACCCAGUGAUAAUUUAUCAGCACCUUCGUCACCUGCCACAGCUAGAAAUGACUGCAGCAUCACACCCCUCACACCCUCACCCUCGCCGAGGGUGGAGGUCAGACCCAGGAUGUCCUGUCCGUUCUCGGUUGUCGUGGCAAUAGACUUUGGGACGACCUCCAGUGGCUACGCGUUCAGCUUCACACAGGACUCAGAGGCCAUACACAUGAUGAAGCGUUGGGAGGGCGGCGACCCUGGAGUGGCCAAUCAGAAAAGCCCGACGUGUCUGCUGCUGACACCUGACUUGCGGUUCCACAGUUUUGGGUUUGCAGCACGGGACUUCUACCACGACCUGGACCCAGAGGAAUCCCGGCACUGGCUCUACUUUGAUAAAUUCAAGAUGAAGAUCCACAGCACAAGUGACCUCACCAUGGAGACGGAGCUGGAGGCGGUCAACGGUCGGAGGGUCAGGGCCAUCGAGGUGUUUGCUCACGCCCUGCACUUCUUCAGGGAACACGCUUUAAAGGAGGUGAAGGACCAGUCGUCGUCAGUGCUGGAGGGAGAGGAGAUCAGAUGGGUAAUCACCGUCCCCGCUGUGUGGCGACAACCUGCCAAACAGUUCAUGAGAGAGGCUGCAUACCUGGCUGGUCUAGUGUCUCCCGACUGCCCAGAGCAGCUCCUCAUCGCUCUGGAACCCGAAGCUGCGUCCAUUUACUGCCGUAAGCUUCGCCUGCACCAGGUGAUUGACCUGAGCUUACAGUCAAUCACAAAUGGCCUUGACAUGGAAGGUACCCGGCCCUUCGACUCCAGCUUCAGACAAGCGAGGGAGCAUCUGAGGCGAUCCAGACACAGCAGGACCUUCCUGGUGGAGAGUGGAACCGGAGAGCUGUGGUCAGAGCUACAGACUGGUGACAGGUAUAUUGUUGCAGACUGCGGAGGAGGAACAGUUGACCUGACAGUCCAUCAGAUCGAGCAGCCACAGGGAACACUUAAAGAGCUGUACAAGGCUUCAGGCGGCCCCUACGGCGCCGUCGGAGUAGACCUGGCCUUCGAAGCUAUGCUCUGCCAGAUCUUUGGCGAAGAUUUCAUCCAGAGCUUCAAAGCCAAGCGGCCGGCGGCCUGGGUGGACCUCACCAUCGCAUUUGAGGCGAGGAAACGGACGGCGGCACCGGGCAGGGCCAACGCCCUCAACAUCUCCCUGCCCUUCUCUUUCAUCGACUAUUAUAAGAGACACAGGGGGCAGAGCGUGGAGGCCGCCCUGAGGAGGAGCAACAUGAACAUCGUGAGGUGGUCGUCCCAGGGGAUGCUGCGGCUGACACAGGAAGCCAUGAACGAGCUCUUCCAGCCCACCAUCAUCAAUAUUGUCAAACACAUUGAGGAACUGAUGGUAAAGCCGGAGGUGCAAGGCGUGCGUUUCCUCUUCCUGGUUGGCGGCUUUGCAGAGUCGCCCAUGCUGCAGAAAGCAGUCCAGAAAGCAAUUGGGCGGACGUGUCGCAUCAUCAUCCCCCACGAUGUUGGACUGACCAUACUGAAGGGUGCCGUGCUCUUCGGGCUGGACCCCACUGUGGUCAGAGUGCGUCGAUGCCCGCUGACCUAUGGCGUUGGCGUCUUGAACCGGUUUGUGGAGGGACGCCACCCUCGCGACAAACUCCUCAUCAAGGAUGGUCGCGAGUGGUGCACCGACAUCCUCGACCGCUUCGUCUCCGUCGACCAGUCGGUGGCUCUGGGCGAGGUCGUGAGGCGGAGCUACACGCCUGCUCGUCUGGGCCAGCGGAAGAUCAUCAUCAACAUCUACUGCAGCACGACGGACGACGUCACGUACAUAUCCGAUCCUGGAGUCAGGAAGUGCGGGACGGUAACUUUAGACCUGCCGGAACCGUUACCACCGCCGGGCGCAGUGGGAGGCGCAGCAACAGGAGGCCCAGAGAGGAGAGAGAUCCGAGCGACCAUGCAGUUUGGAGACACAGAGAUCAAAGUCACCGCCGUUGACAUCAUGUCUAACCGCUCCGUCCGGGCUUCCAUAGACUUCCUGUCUAACUGAGGAGGAGCAGGAAGUGGAGACGAGGAACAGGAAUAACUGAUUCUAGGGAUGAUAAUUUUAGAAAAAGCGGUACUGUGGGAGUGGGCGACGUUUUUUUUGCAUUAUAAGAAACAUGCAAACAUUUAGCUCAUUAAAGAAGGAGGACAUUUUUAUAAAGCUCUCCAGCCUUCACAAGCUCAAGAGUCAGUAUCUCAUCAACUGAAGGGCAGGGCGCCUUCUCUGUACAGAAAAGAAGACAUGAAUUUGUCUGGCUUCAGAGAAACAUUUGUGUGAACUCUGUGAAAGGUAAUGCAAGCUGGUGGCCGAGUGCAACGAACAGAUACCUUCCAAUAAUUCAACCUGUCCAAGGAGUGUUUCAACUUCUGCAGACAGUUUGAGAGUUACCUAGAAAGACUCUACAUAAUGGAUUAUAAUACCUAGAGUUAAAUCAUUAAUCGUUAAAUAUGAAGACAUUUCCCUCACAUAAUGAGUUACACAGGUAUAUCUCGCAAGUUCUGAUACCUCAUUGUAUCCUCUUUCACUAUCCACGCAUGAGCUAUUGACACAACUACCUGGACUGCAGCUUUGUUUCUCCAAGUAUGAUUUUGCGCCCCUUAGUGGUGAAAAGACUGAACUACAAGCUGAUGACCCUCGUGGAAGGAAAAAAAACUCCCUGGAUGCAUCAAAACUCACUUACGGGUCCUUUACUGGGAAGGACUGUGGUAUUAGUGCAUAAUAUGCAUGUUUCAUAUAAAGUAGGUCACCAUUCACACAUUUUCCCAGAUUGUAAUUACCUGAUCCGAUAGGAGAAGCUUAACUCAAGGUCCACUUACUAGCCUGGAGAAAGAAAGUGGACCUUGAGUGAAAGCCCUGCUUCUAAGGUCAAGAAUGAACCUUCAGUGUGUAGUAAAUCCAGUAAAUAGUCCUACUGAAAAUCUAUUUUUGACCACAUGCACCCCUGCCAAAAAAAAGGCUUUAACUUUCCCACCUGAAGACGUCAAACUGUCACGUCCUUUAUGGUGUGUGUGCUGUAAUUAACUGUAUUCACGUUUAUGUUCACGUGAAGAAACAAGAUGAACAGGAAUCACUGUAUCAUGUUCAACGUGUUCUACCUUGUUUCUUCUGAGUUAUUUUCCAAUGACUGUGCAGGUUGCAAAAUGCUGUAACAAAGCAAAUUUAUCCUCAUUUUAUGACCCAUGGCCAUGCAUUUUAUACUAAAAUAAACAGUUACAUUUUUACCA